ACCUUUCUUCUUCCUCGUCUAUAUAACCGCCCAUACGGUGAACCUCCUUGACGCACAGUCUUCUUCUUCUUCUUCCUCUUCUUCUACAAUGGGUUUCCAGAGAUCUCCAUCUACUUCUUCUGCAUUGAAAUGGCUUGGAUUUGUGACGGCGGUUUGGGUUCAAGCCAUCUCCGGCAACAACUACACUUUCUCCAACUACUCCGGCGCUCUCAAGUCCCUCAUGAAUCUAAACCAGCUUCAGCUCAACAACCUCUCCGUCGCUAAAGACGUCGGAAAAGCCUUCGGAAUCCUCGCUGGCCUCGCCUCUGACCGUCUUCCUACUCCAGUCAUCCUCCUUAUUGGCUGUUUCGAAGGUCUUCUCGGCUAUGGUGUACAAUGGCUCGUCGUUAGCAAAAUCAUCACCCCUCUCCCUUAUUGGCAGAUGUGUGUAUUCCUCUGUAUGGGAGGAAACAGCACGACGUGGAUGAACACGGCGGUUCUGGUGACUUGCAUACGAAAUUUCCGGCGAAACCGUGGACCAGUCUCCGGGAUCUUGAAAGGAUACGUAGGCUUGAGCACUGCUAUUUUCACCGAUCUCUGCACUGCUCUGUUCUCAAACGAUCCGGCGUCGUUUCUUGUUCUACUCGCCGUCGUGCCUUUCGCCGUAUGUCUCACGGCGGUUUUCUUCCUCCGUGAGAUUCCUCCGGCUUCUUCCGCCGCCGAGGAGAACGAAGAGACUAAAUACUUCACCGUGUUCAACAUCGUAGCUGUCGUAGUCGCUGUCUACCUUCAGUCUUACGACAUCAUCGGAAUCAAAACCGGAGUUUUCUCCGUCGCUUUUGCUUCCAUUCUUCUUUUCCUCUUGGCUUCUCCAAUCGCCAUACCUUUCCACUCAUUCAUCAGAAGCUUGAACCGCGGUGAACAAGACGUGGAAGGAGGACAGAUUCAAGAACCGUUGCUUAGAUCCGAUAUCGCGUCGGAGAAGGAGGUAAUCUCUGUUGCGGCGGUAGCGGUGGCGGAAGAGGAGAAUAUUGUGGCGGAGAGGAAGAGACCGGUGUUGGGAGAAGACCACACGAUAAUGGAAGCGGUGUUGACCGUUGACUUUUGGGUUCUGUUUGUGUCGUUCUUGUGUGGUGUAGGAACUGGUUUAGCUGUGAUGAACAAUAUGGGCCAGAUCGGGCUUGCUCUUGGUUACACUGAUGUUUCGAUAUUCGUCUCCAUGACUAGUAUCUGGGGAUUCUUUGGUCGCAUUCUCUCCGGUACUCUCUCCGAGCACUUUCUCAAGAAAGCUGGAACACCAAGACCACUAUGGAACGCAGCCUCUCAAAUCCUCAUGGCCGUAGGAUAUCUACUAAUGGCUUUAGCUGUGCCCAAUUCACUCUACAUCGGUUCAAUGGUGGUCGGGGUUUGUUAUGGUGUCCGUCUAGCCAUAACCGUACCCACAGCAUCAGAACUCUUUGGUCUCAAAUACUAUGGUCUCAUCUACAACAUCUUAGUACUUAACUUGCCACUUGGCUCAUUCCUCUUCUCUGGUCUCCUCGCCGGAUUCCUCUACGAUGCAGAGGCCACACCAACUCCCGGUGGAGGCAACACUUGCGUAGGAGCUCAUUGUUACCGUCUCAUCUUCUUGGUCAUGGCUUUAGCUUCUGUUAUUGGAGUUGGUUUAGAUAUUGUGUUGGCUUAUAGGACUAAGGAGAUUUAUGCUAAAAUUCAUGCUAGCAAAAAUGCCAAAAAAUCUGGUGGUAACCUUAGCUAGUUAAGAAUUGUUUAGAUCUAGUUCUAUCGCACUAGAUUGUUCGUCACAAUUUUAUUUUUUUAGUUUGAGAUGCUGAAUUUUUUUAUACAUGAUACGGUAUCGGUUUCAAGCUAUGAAUUGUUGUAGAGUCACAGCUAGUGUAAACAUUUCAAAGAUUUUGUUCAUAAAUUUAUAUAAGUGAAUGAGAUUUUUGAUAUUACCAUCU